AUGUCUUUACAAACUAAGUUAUAAUAAAACAAUAUUCAUAUUUCUUAAGAUAUACUCAAAGAGUUUGCAAGCGAAGUACUUAACUUUAUUGAGCAAAUUAAAUAUGAAAGUAGCAAUCUUACACUUGAAUAAAUUUAAAGAAUAAUUAGUAAUUCUAUAAACGAGUAAAAGGAAUAAGUGAUUGCUUAGUUAAUGAAUAAAAUAGCUUUAUUAGAAGAAGAAAAUAGUUAGUAUAAAUCUAAAAAUAGAUAGUUAAAGCAAUUGCUUAGAAAAAUUCAAGAUCAAGAAUAAAAUGAUAAAUUUUUGAAAUUUGGAGACAUAUCAAGUAUUAAACAUGAUGAACUUACUAAUAAGAUUUUAAAAGAUAAGAAUUUAACUAAAGAAAAGAAUGAAUCUCUGAGUUAAGAAAGUAAAAAAUGUGAAGGAAACCAAUUAAAAUGCUGUAACUGUUAAAAUUUUAACUCUGAUGUGGUUUCUAAUAAAGUCCGCUAGUAAUAACAAUAACUAAAAGUUUUAUCAGAAUAGCUUUUAAAAAAUUAAUGUAAUCUUUAAAAGGUUGAAUCUUUACAAAAAGGAUAUUUAAAAACUAUAUCAGCAUAAAAGGAAACAAUAAAUGAGCUUGAAUAUGAGAAAAAUAAUCUAUUAUGUUUCUUAAAAUCAAUAAAUAAAACUAACCAAUCAAUUGUUGGCUAAGAAUUAAUGAAUAGAACAACAGAAUUAAUAUAAAACCAAUCAAUUAAAUUAAAUGAUAAAAAUGAUAUAAACUGUAUUUAUUAAAAUUAAAAAUAAGCUAUUCCAAAACAAAUAAAUGAUUCUCAGCUUUCUUCAUUAUUAAGUUUUUCUAAAGAUUUAGACUCUUUCUCUCAUUAGCAUUUAAAUAAUUCAUUAUAGAAGCCAUCAAAUAGCCUUAAAUAGAUUAAAUUAUCUUGA